AAAAUAUAGUCAUUAAUAAACAAAUUGAACCUCUUCUCUUCUCUUGCUUGAAAUCUCCCCUCUCCUCAUCUGAUCUCUUAAAGUAAGCUUUUUUUUUUCUUGCAAUAGAGGAUGGCUACCGAGUCCGGAGAAAUCACCAUCGUAUGCAACCACUGUGACAGAGACAUUCCAGCAGCAAACAUCGAUCUGCAUCGUGUACAUUGCGCCCGUCUAGAAAAAUGCAAUAUUUGUGGUGAUAUGGUUCCCAAAAAACAUGCUGAUGAACACUUCUUGACCGCACAUGCUCCGUGUAUAUUCUCCAUGGCAGAUCAGAGGAUUGUAACAUGUGAGUUCUGUGAGUUUCCAUUGCCUGCGGUUGAUGUCGCUGAGCAUCAGGAAGUAUGUGGCAACCGUGUUUCUAACACAAGAGCAGGAGGAGGAGGUGGAAACGGGAGGAGGCGAAGAGAUGGGAACGGUGUUUCUUACAAAAGGCUUUUCUUCACUGUGGCGGUAACGGGAAUAGCCGUCUUAAUGGGGUCGCUGUUCUUCCAGAGGAAGCCUUUGAGGGGUAGAGAUAAGUAGAGACAUAGCUCUUAGUGUAGUAGUUCUGUAAAUUUGCGCAAAAAUCCUUCAGACAGAUUCUGAGACAUUGCCUUGAGGGUUUUAUACAUUGUAAUGCUUACUGAGGCAGAUUCUGUAACAAGUGGACACACAAAAGACAGACAGCAUUGCUCUA